AUGAAGACUCACCGUCGUCGAAGUAGUGAGGAGACGCGGCUGACACGGCGGCUGCCAAGCAGAGGAGGAGGAUCAGCUGCGGCCGCAUCGUGGCGAGUGCUCUGCCGCCUCCCUCGCCGCCCCCUUAAUAUAGCCCCCGCGGCGCCUGCCCAGUGUCGUCUGGGGGGCCCUCAUGAAACAACUCGUAGCUCAUCCGAACUUGGUGAAGAUGCCCUUGCGCUGGCAGCGACAGUUGGCGCCCCAGAGGUUGCAGCGGCAUGCGGUGCCCGCGCAGCAGUCGGCCGAGCUGUGGUCACAGUUUCCUCCCCGGGCUAUGCACCCUCUCCUGAAAAGAAGAGGUCGGUCUUCCCGACGGCUGCGAGGAGCGCUGUGAGUGCCAGGAGGAGCUGCAUGGCUGGGAAUGCAGUGGACCCGAGGCCCGGGGCUCUUAUAGCAGCCCCCUGCACUCCCCUGCCGCCCCCCUGCCGCCCCCCGGGGCCGAUGCAUCAGCCUAACGAGGCCCUUAGCCCCCCAUCUCCGGUUACCGCCCUAAUUAGCAGCCGCCUCUCGGGUGGUCACGUUGGCGAGGAUAUUGGAAACGUUUAG